UCCAUACAUAUGACAGAACCAAUACCUAUACCCAUCAUUAGCAGUUCUCAGAAUAUUGUUUUUUCUGAUUCACCCAAUGCUAUUACUGGAUCUAUCACUUUUCCAGUCACAGAGCCAGUACCAACUAGUGCUCCAGCAAAUUCUGAAAUUGUUGUGGUAUUAGAUAGAUCAGUAUUUCCAAGUCAAAGUGGAGGAAAUAAUGAGUUCCAAUUAAGCACUGAAGCUGAAACAUUGAAACAUGAAGACAACCAUACAGAAAGCAUUUCUAAUAUUGUGGUUAAAGCUAUUAAAUACUGCAAUGAAAACUACAUAGAAGAUCCAGUAGAAAUACUGAAAUAUUUACAGUCAGUUCUUGUCACUGGACGAAAAUUAGAUAUUGUAGAUCUCACAGAAGCUCUUGAAGGAGACACUAAUUAUAUAUGUGUGGACAGAUCUAACAUUUUAGAGACAGCUUUUGAAGAAAUUAAAGGCUUACAGGAUCUACGAAUGACUUUGGAAGUUCAGUUUUAUGGAGAGGUAGCAGCUGAUUUUGGAGGACCAAGAAAGGAAUUUUUCCAGCUAGCCUUAUUGGAAAUUAAAGAGAAAUACUUUGACCAUGGAUUAAGACAGCAUUUAUCCGAAGAUUAUCUUGUGGUUGGCAAACUUCUUGCCCUGAGCAUCCUACAAAACGGAAAGUUGCCGAGAUUUUUUGAUGAGGACUUGCAAAACAAUUUAUUCUCCGAUUUACCUGCUGAAUCAUCAUGCCUCACAAACUUGAGAGCUGGCUUGGAUUCACUUGGAUUAUAUAAGGUUGGAAUCAGUUUACCAACAUUCAGAUAUUUGCUGCAGUCAUCAUCAGUCAAAUUAACAGUGAAAUCUCUUAUCAAUCUACUGUGCCCCAAGUUUGCUGAAGAAGGGUCAAAUACCAGGCGAUACGAAAAUUCAGUUUAUGCAGCUUUUACCAAAUACUUGAGAGAGGUUGCAAGUGGAAGGAGAAUGCCAGUUACUCUCAACCAAAUUUUACAAUUUGUGACCGGUGCAUCAGAAGAACCUGUUCUGGGUUAUUACAUACAUCCAUCGAUUGAAUUUGUUGCACCAUUGAAGUCAUUUUUGCCUACUUCAAAUACGUGCAGCAAUGCGUUGAAGUUACCAAGACCUACAGCAGACAUGCCAUUGCCAGUGCACACAGAUCUUUUCAAACUCUAUGACCAUGGAUUUUCCAACUCAUACUUUGGAUUAUUUUAAAAAGAAAUAAUUUUUCUGCAUUAUUUUCUAUGAAAAAUUAAAUGGUUUAAUUGUUUGAUCAGCCCAAACAUUUCUGGGCUGUCAUAUUUAAAACUUUAUUUUUUUUAAAUCUCCCUUCAUUUUAACUUAGUUCACUGCUUGCCGCUUGGUCUUUAAACAUAAUACACAGUGUAGUAUAUUAAUGUCUGGUGACCAUAUCAUAUCUUACUUAUCAAUUUAAAGGUAAUGCCUCAGACACCUCCCAAAAGUAGAUUACUAUAUUUGAAACAUCAUGUGAGCUAUCCUGAUCACUUUUUUUUUUAGGUCAUCUGACUAAACCUUUUUACAUUUUCUAUGUUUUUUACUGAACUACUUAGCCAUGGCAAUGUAGCAGUAAGGCUUCUUUAGGUGAAGGAAUUGAAGUUUUUUUGUUUUUUUUUUUAAAUGGUCAAUGCCCUCUUUUAAGGGAAGAUGAUAAAGAAAUGCUCAAUUAAGAUCAAGAAUGUUUAUGUUUGAAUGAAUACUAGUAAAAUUUAUGUAUUGAAUUGCAUAAUUGUAUUUGUUAUUUUGGAACUUGUUACACCUGUAAAUAUUUGGGGCAAAGUUGGAUUUAUUAGUUAGAUGAGCAAUGUACCCCUUGCUAUAUGAGCCUAUUAUUUUGCAUUGUCAACUUAAAGUGAUUUUGAAAAUAGUUCUAGUUACUGUGUUCAUAUAAAAUAAUAGCUCUAUGUGUUUAAGUUACACCAGUAGGAAUACCGAUUUGUUAA